AUGGCAGAGGCCAGUAUUUCUAUUGGUGAGGACCAGUUCAUGUGUCCAGUCUGUCUGGAUCUCCUGAAGGAUCCUGUGACUAUUCCUUGUGGACACAGUUACUGUAUGGGCUGUAUUAAGGGCUGCUGGGAUCAGGAUGAUCAGAAGGGAGUCUACAGCUGCCCCCAGUGCAGAGAGACCUUCACACCAAGACCAGUUCUACAUAAAAACACUUUGCUGGCUGUGGUGGAGAAACUGAAGAAGACGGGACUCCAAGCUGCUGCUCCUCCUGCUCACUGUGACUCUGGAGAUGUGGAGUGUGAUUUUUGUAUUGGAAAAAAAGAAAAAGCCGUCAAGUCCUGUCUGACAUGUCUGGUUUCAUUCUGUCAGACUCACCUCCAGCCUCACUAUGAGGUCACUGCCCUCCAGAAACACACGCUGGUCAAAGCCUCCACACGACUACAGGACAAGAUUUGCCAGCGUCACAACAAACUGAUAGAACUUUGCGAGUUUGAGGAUGUAGGAAAAUCUGUCUCUCAGCUGAAAGAGCAACUGGAGGGUUUCUGUAAGAAUGAGUUUGGAAGACUUUCCAGUCAAUUGACAAACACUGACAUCAUUCCUCUCCCUGAACCCAAAACCAGGGAGCAGUUCUUACAAUAUUCCUGUGAUCUCACACUGGAUCCCAACACAGCACAUGAAGAGCUCUGUCUGUCUGAGGGGAACAGAGUGGUGACACGGAGUAACACAGUCCAGUCAUAUCCUGAUCAUCCAGAGAGAUUUGAUUACUGGCGUCAGGUGUUGUGUAGAGAAAGUGUGUCUGAACGCUGUUACUGGGAGACUGAGUGGAGUGGGGAUUAUGGGGUUUAUAUAUCAGUGUCAUGUAAAGACAUCAGGAGGAAAGGAUGGGGUUAUGAGUGUAGGUUUGGACGUAAUUAUCAAUCCUGGGGAUUGUACUGUCCUCCCUCUAAGUACUCCUGCAAAGACAAUGAUAAAGUGGCUAAACACUCCAUAGUCCCCAGUUCCUCCAGAAUAGGAGUGUAUGUGGACCACAGGGCAGGAACUCUGUCCUUCUACAGCGUCUCUGACACAAUGACCCUCCUCCACAGAGUCCACACCACAUUCACUCAGCCCCUCUAUCCUGGGUUUGGAAUGACAGUUAGGGCAGAGGUCCACCCACCACAUCAGAGGUCCACCCGCCACGUAAACAGUGUGAGAAAGAAGCUGAAGGAAGCUGAAAGAAGACUGAUGGAAGAGGAGUGGUCCCUGUUUAAGGACUAUGGACUGGGAAAGAUUGUACCCAACAAAGGGGGUCCCCAGAUUUGA